AACCAAACAAUACGUAAGAUUCGUGUUUUGAAUUUCCUUGGCAUCGCGAUUAUUUAUCACGCGCCACAAGGGCGGGAUUCUCUUCCGCUAAAAAGAAACCAAAAACAACUCUCUCUCUCUCUCUCUCUCUCUCUCUCUCUCUCUCUCUCCCUCUCUCUCUCUCUCUCUCUCACCACACUCAAAUGCAAAUUGCGUGAACUCUUUCAUUUCCACCAUGGACAAAUCCUCUCUGCAACUCGUCUCCGAGAUCGGAACUCACCUCUCCCAACGAACUCGUCCAAACAAAGACUUCAUCGUCAAAUCUCUCCGAAAAGCUGCAAAUGCUUUGUCUAAUUUAGAACAGUCUCCUGAGCCGCAAACGGCCAAAGAAGUACAAGCUAUGAAGAAACGAGAAGAUGCUUUGAAGCCACUGACUGAUGCUGUGGUUUGUCGCAGUCUGCUUCAUCAUGAUGAUAAGGAUGUCAAGCUUCUGGUUGCUAUUUGCGUCACUGAAUUAUUUAGAGUCAAGGCUCCUAAACCCCCUUUUGAAGACAUGUAUUUAAGGGAUGUAUUUAAACUCGUCAUUGGUUUGUUUGCGGAUCUAGCUGAUACUGCAAAUCCAUUAUUUUCAAAAAGGGUUAAAGUAUUGGAAACUAUGGCUCAAUUAAAGUGUUGCAUAUUAAUGCUGGAGAUUGACUGCAUAGACCUUGUUCUCGAGAUGUUCAAUCUUUUCUUCUCAGUUGUGAGAGAUGAUCACAAUGACAGUUUGAUUAAUGCCAUGUCUUCUAUGAUGAGAGACAUAUUGAAUGAGAGUGAGGAUGCUUCUCAGAAACUAUUAGAAGUGAUUUUACGAAAUCUUAUAAAGCGAAAAAAAGAUACGACUUGUGCUUCUUAUAAACUUGCUAAAUCAGUAAUUGAAACUUGUGGUCAAGAGGAUGAGCUGAACUCCAUAGUUUGCAAGUUUUUAUUUUCUUGUAUAUAUGACAGGGACGCUGUGGGCUGUGGGCUUAAAGAAUAUUACCAUGAAAUUAUUUUUGAAGUUUUUCAGUGUGCUCCUCAUAUGCUUCUUGCGAUCAUCCCUAGCUUAAUUGAAGAGUUAUUGGCUGAUCAGGUUGAUGUUCGGUUAAAAGCUGUUAAUUUGGCAGGGAAACUUUUUGCACUACCUAACCACCAUGUUGCACAGAAGUUUCAUGAUCUUUUUGUUGAGUUUUUGAAAAGAUUUUAUGAUACAUCUGUGGAUGUAAGAAUUAGUGCUCUACAAUGUGCCAAAGCUUUCUAUGCGGCAAAUCCUUUUGGGAGAGAAUCACUUGAAAUCAUCACUUCUGUUGAAGGUCGAUUGUUAGACUUUGAUGACAGAGUGAGGAUGCAUGCGGUUACUGCUGCUUGUGACAUUUGCUGUUCAAACCCAAUGCUUGUUCCCGUGAAACUAUUGGCUGUAGUCACCGAGAGACUUCGGGAUAAAAAGAUAUCUGUUAGAAAGAGGGCCUUGCAGAAGUUGAUGGAAACAUAUCGAGAAUAUUGUAAGAAAUGUUGUGAUCAAAGCAUGUCAACUAGUGAUCACUUUGAAGAGAUUCCAUGUAAAAUUUUGAUGCUUUGCUAUGAUAAGGAGUGCAAGGAGUUCAGAUCACAGAGCAUAGAAUUGGUUCUUGGUGAUAAUCUAUUUCCCAGUGAACUUUCUGUUAAGGAAAGGACAAAUCACUGGAUACACAUGUUUUCUCUUUUCAGUUCUCUUCACGAAAAGGCACUGAAUACUAUUUUGAUUCAAAAGAGAAGGUUGCAGAAUGAGAUGAAAAACUAUUUGGCUAUACGGAAGAAAUUAAAGGCAAUUUGUGCUGAAGAAACACAGAAGAAAAUUGAAAGUGUGUUUACAAAAAUAGCUGCAUCUUUCUCAGAUUCUCACAAAGCAGAAGAGUGCCUUCACAAGUUAAACCAAAUCAAAGAUAAUAACUUGUUUAAAUCACUUGAAAAAUUAUUGGAGGAAUCAACUUUCACAAAUGGACAAACCAUCAAAGAUGAACUUCUUGUAAUGAUUGGAGACAAAAAUCCAAAUUAUGACUUUUUAUGUUCACUCUUCUCCAAAUGUUCAUCUAACAUUUUCAGUUCAGAGCACGUCCAGUGUAUUUUAAAAUAUCUUUCCAAAGAUAAAUGUGGAUUUAAGGAUUCUUCUGGAAAUCUUCUGCUGGCUAUUGUUAGAAUUUUCCCCUCAAUGCUGAAAGGCUUGGAGAAGCAGUUUGAAAUGUUGUUGGAGCAUACAAGUCCCGUAAAUGACAAGCUGAUUGAGGUUAUAGCAACUGCAGGUCCUAAAGUUUCUUUCAAUCUGAGUGGUAUUUAUCCAUUUCUAGAGAGAAUGUGCUUACAUGGAACUCGCAAACAAGCCAAAUUUGCGGUCUCUGCUAUCGUCUCCUCGAGUUCUGAACAUUCAGUUGUCUCAAAAUUAUUUGAGAGACUAAUUUAUUCUUUGAAUAACGAAUGGAAUGUCCCAACAAUUAUGCAAAAUCUGGGAUACACUGCACAGUGCUCUGUUUCAGCUUUUGAAAGUCAAGUAGAAGAGAUCACAUCAUAUAUAUCCCAGAAGAUUAGUCAAAUGGAGUCAUUGGGUGAUGAUGAUCUGACAUCCUUGUAUGGUACCUCUCAGUGCAGCAAAUCUUGUCAAUUGAAGUGGAAUGUCCCAACAAUUUUGCAAUCCCUUGGAUGCAUCGCGCAAUGGUCUGUUUCAGAUCUUGGAUCUCAAGUUGAAGAGAUCACAUCAUAUAUAUGCCAGAAGAUUAUUCAAAUGGAGUGUUUGGAUGAUGAUCUGACAUCCUUAAAUGGUACAUCUCAGUGCAGCAAAUCUUGUCAACUGAAGAUUUAUGGGCUGAAAACACUAGUAAAAUGCUUUUUGCCUGACCAACGGAACCAGACAAAGCGGAACAUUAACGGACUCUUGGAUAUUUUAUCAAGAAUGCUACGGGAAACUGAUGGUUUUGUUAAUAGUGAAAAGGAUAAGGCUCAGGUCAGAUUAGCUGCUGCAACAGCAAUUCUUCAUCUUGCUAAGAAGUGGGAUAUAACUCCAGAAAUUUUCCGCUUCACUAUUUUGAUUGCAAAGGAUUCUUCUUCUUUUGUUAGGAGCAAAUUUCUUAGUAAAACACAGAAAUUGCUGAAGGAGCGUAAAUUACCUAUCAGUUUUGCUUGUGCUUUUGCAUUGGCAAUGACCGAGAGCAUUGGCGAUCUGCGGCUUCAAAACGAUAAACAUAUGGCAGAAUUUAUUAAGGAUUACAGUAUAGCAGCUUGCAAACGACAAUCUUCUUCUGUUCGCGUCGAUUACCCUGCAUACGUUUUGGUGUACUUGAUUCAUGUGCUUGCUUGGAGUAAUGACUUUCCCGAAGCCUGUCAAAAUGAAGAAGUCUAUGCUGACCUUUGUAGCCCACUCUUCUUUUUCCUACAGGCAUUGGUUGAUAUUAGUAUUGUCAAUGGUGACCGGGAGCUUGUUAAUGACGCUGUCUUGUAUAUAUUUAGCAUUUUUCAAGCAAUCAGAAAAACUGAGGAUUCUGUUGAUUCACAUGCAACCAUUAAGCUGCACAAGCUGGCUGAAAUUGGCAUAUUUACUUUAAAGGCAUUAUGUCCCGGUGAAAUUUCUGUAUCACAAGUCCCGCGACAAAUUUUGCUGCCUAAGUCAUUGUAUAGAGCAAGUCUCACUAGGGAUGAUGCUAAUUUAAAAUGUCCAACGUGCUUUUUUGAUCAAAGUUUUCUAAGUAGAGUCUUUGACAUGCUUAAAAACUCUGGUGCCUCUCAGACAUAUGCUCAAAAGCCUGCGAAAACACUUCCUAAACCUGCUCGCAAGGGUCAACAGGACGUCCCAAGGUCCAAAAAUAAUACUUGCAGUAAGCUGGACUUGGCUUCGAGCAAACCAGACAGUUUUCCAAGGAGUUACAUAACAAAUUCUAAUACUGUGAAGCCAAAUAUAUCUUCAGAGAAAAGGAGAAAACAUGGGCUUCCGUCUGAUUCUGGAUCAAUUGGUUUGCAUGAAUGCUCUACAAUUGGGAAGCAACAAAAAUUACCAUCAAAACAAAUUGAAAAUACUUCCGAAAGAAACCGGCUUUCAUCUAGUGGUUCUGUCAGCUGUAAGGAUUCACUGGUCGAAUCACGUGUGCUGACCCGUAAAUCGAAAAGAGCUGCGAAAACACAUACUGUUCAACAUUUCAAAUGCCCUAGAACCAACCUCAAAGAUACAUGUGGCUCUAAGGCACGAGGUAUACUGGCAGAUGUUUCAAAUGAAAAUCUUAUCUCCCACUGUGAUCCUAGUGAACAUUCUUCUCUCAGUAGUAUAAAGCAAACUACGGAUACAGCAGGAUGCCUAGCAGCCAAAGAGGGAACAUCUCUGUGCGUAAAAAAUCUUGGUGCAGCGAGUGUGAGCGGAAGUGAAAAAUGUACAGAGACAAUAACAUCAGAAGUUGUCAAUACUGUUAGAAGAACAAGACGGAAAAUAUAAAUAUCAUGCAGUGUUCCCGGUUCCCACCUUCAAUUACUAACACCGAUUGAUACAUAUUCUAAUAUACGAUUAUGAUGCCGUUCCAUUCACUGGAUUCUUUUCUCUUCCUUGUAGCGAUUGCCUUCUUGCGGAAAUUCUGACUGGUGAAGGUAUUUUUAUUUUUUUGAAUGGCAACUGGCGGAGGGAUUAAGUCAACAACCUGACAAAGUUCUGUAAAUUAUAGCAUGCUGAAUAAAGAUAUCUUGAAAAAUAGUUACUCUAGGUUAUAUAUCAAAUGCAUUUAAUUGCAGCAUAUAUAUGCAUGUUAUGAUUCUCAAUUGUUAACCAAACAUGGCUUCUUCUAAUGCACAAUAGUUAAGUAAGUGUUGUAUGGUGCACAACUUUUUUCCACCAUUAGAUUAUAAAGAGAUCCACUGAAUGUUAUAGUAA